AUGGAAGAAGGGCUAUUAACAGGAAGGUAUGAAUCCCCAAAUGCAACAAAACCAAUUAGAAAUGGUUCCGGCGGUGGCAGUAUUACCGACAACCUUAACAUGCCAUCAGCUUCCUCAUUGACACCUCUUCUAGUCUUCAGUACGUUUGUUCUUGUUUAUGGUUCUUUCUGCUAUGGCUGUUCUGUUGGUUACUCAUCACCAGCGGAAAAUAGGAUCAUGCAAGAUUUGGGCCUCUCUGUACCAGCGUACUCUGUUUUUGGUUCAAUAAUGACAAUUGGAGGAGUGGUAGGAGCAAUUCUAAGUGGGAAGAUAGCUGAUCUUAUAGGUAGAAAACGUACAAUGUGGUUUUCUGAUGUCUUCUGCACUGCUGGGUGGCUAUCAAUAGCAUAUGCAAAGAAUGCCUUGUGGCUUGACAUUAGAAGGUUGUCCAUCGGAAUCGGAGGUGCCCUGAUUAGUUAUGUGAUACCUGUUUAUAUAGCUGAAAUAACACCUAAAAGUCUCUGGGGUUCCUUUGUAUCAUCAAAUAUGAUAAAGCAAAAGAUAGUGUUUUAUCUAUUCUGUUCUUCAGGUGCAAUCCCGUGUGUAGUACAGAUAAUAGGCUUGUUUUCCAUUCCAGAGUCCCCUAGAUGGCUGGCAAAAUAUGGUCGAGAGAAAGAGUUUGAAGCUUCCUUGAAGCAGCUAUUAUCAGAGGUUAUUUGGAAACUCUUGAGCAACAGACAGAAGCAAGUUUCCUUGAAUUGUUCUGAAAGAGAUAUGCUUAUUCACUCAUUGUUAGCUGGUCUAAUUAAAUCUUUCUUCCGGCUUCUUAAUUGA